AUGUCUGCUGAGUCCAUAUACCGCGAUGCGGAGAAGAAGCUCAAGAAGUGGUUCUUCGUGGACUACGAUGAAGCGAUGGAAUUGUUUGAAAAAGCCGCUGGCCGUUUCAAAGCGGAGAGAAACUACAGCCGUGCCGGCGAUGCCUUCAUGAAGGCACAUGACUGCGCUAUGAGAUCUAAGAACCCCGUUGCCGCCGGACGCUUCUGUUCGGAAGCGGUGGUUAUGUACCAAAAGACCGACAGAACCAAAGCCGCGGCGCUGCUAGACAUGGCCGUGCGUACGCAGAUUGACAACAACAAGCUGCGUGAGGCGGCUAAACUGGAGAAGGAUUACGCCGACGCGAUUUACGAAGACGGGCACGGGAUGGAAGCCAUCACUCACUACGAAAAGGCGCGGCGGUACUUCGACGCGGAGGAUUACAAAUCUCAGGUGAAGAACUGUGACGUCGCCAUAGCAAAUAUAUACGGUGAGAAUGAUAUGUUUGACAAGGCCCUAGCACUGUUUGAGCGACUCGGCAACACAAGUGCGAGUGGUCCGCUACGCCACGAAGCGAAAGAAUUCUAUAUGCGGGCCAUGCUCUGCCGUCUUGCUUCAAUUGGAGAGGACAACCGAGAGGUAGGCUCUGCAGAGGCAGCGGAAGCGCUCAGCGCGUACAUGAAGCGAGACCCGUACUUGAAGAAUACACGGGAGGCGGAGUCUUUGCAGAAACUUUUGGAGGCAGUAGAAGAGUCGAACGAAGAAAAGUUUGAGGAUGCCGUUUCACUUCUUCAAGAACUCCGCAUGCUAGACGAAUGGAAAACGCACGUGCUUCUUGUGGUGAAGAACAAAAUGAGUAGUCUGUUGUAG